AUGACUCAGAUCGAUAUCAAGACCUCGUCAUGGAAGCUCGUUGAGGUGGGCCGCGUUGUGCUCAUCCGGAGCGGCCCCUACUCGGGCAAAUUGGCUGUGAUCGCUGAGAUUAUCGACCACAAGCGCGUCCUUGUCGAUGGUCCUUCGGGUCAAGAGAACAAAGUCGUCCCUCGCCAUGCCAUUUCCCUCGCACACGUCACCCUGACGCCCUUCACCAUCCCCAAACUCCCACUCGCUGCCGGCACCGGACCGAUCAAGAAGAUGUGGGAGAAGGCUGAGAUCGACGCGAAAUGGGCACAGAGUGGUUUUGCGAAGAAGCGGGAACAACAAGAGCGGAGACGCAACCUCACCGACUUUGAGCGCUUCAAGGUUAUGAGACUGAAGAAACAGGCUCGCUAUGAGGUGCAAAAGGCACACGCUAAGAUCCGCGCUGCUUCGUGA